AUGGAAGACGACUCCAUCCCUUUGAUAGAUUUGACUAGCCCACACCCGUGGGACCCCUCGUGCCUUGAUUCGGUCCCGUCCGAUGAUUGGUAUGACACCCAAAGUACUACCGUCCUUGACGAUGCAGAUUCCCCUUUAGACAGCUUGGGCAGACUCAAGACUUUGGAUGACGAUGCCCUGACUCCAUCCCGUCCCACCUCCAAGCAGUCCAUUGACCGCCGCGGUAUUAUCGCUGCCAUGGCUGACCUCGUCAAAGACGAUCUGGUCCCUGCCUGUACUGAUGAUGUCCCCGCCCUCUUAUCCCGCCAGUGCCAUCAUUAUGACUCCAGCUCCGACGAUGAUUCUGACCUGGAGGAUGACUCUGACGUUGAGGCCCUCCGACAGUGCUUUGCUCGCGUCCCCGACCUUAUGUCCCCCUAUGACGACUCCUCUGGUGCUGACGACUCGGACUCCUCUGGUGAUGAUUCUGACUCUGACACUGAGGACUUACGCCAUUGUUUUGGAGUCCAAACCCGUGGCCAGCUUCGUGGGGAGCCUCCAAGUACUCGCUCCCGUUCCCGUCCCACCCGCCCCUCUGACCCAACGAAGGAUGGGGAGAAAAGGACUCGGAAGAUGCCUGAAGUUAGACGACCUCGUUCCAAGAAGCAGUCCUCCGUUGACAGACGACCACGAGUUGAGACAGUACUACCAAGCGAUGAUGAUGACAGUUCCAGCGACGUUGAAGAUGAAGAUGGAGACAUUCUCAAGUCGAACAACAGGGCCAAGCACCACACCGGUGUUGAGCUGCCCCCCAUAUCCCGCAAGCGGCCCCCUGAGCAGAUUCCAAUGAUUCGGUGGUUCUUUCCGGGAACUAGUGACGAAACACUCAAGCAAACACUGGAUGCCACUACCCAGUAUGGUACCAAGGGAGCUAUCCAAGGUCGUACUCUCCAAAGCCAGAUACUGUCGCCCAACCCGAUCCUCAACAUUCCGAGAAGGCAAGAGGAUGUGGCUACGGAUACUAUCUACGGCAGUGUCCCUGCGGUUGACGACGGAUCUGUGGCAGCCCAAUUCUUAAUUGGACGCACAUCCCACUACAGGUCAUUACACCCCGCUGGCACCAGUGACGCAAGCUAUGUCAAGACACUGAUGGACAACAUCCGAAGGUUUGGAGCAAUGAACUGCAUCAGGAGUGACAAUGCCCAGGCCCAGGCAAGCAAUGGGUCAAGGACAUCCUACGGACCUUUUGCAUCAACGACCGAACCUCUGAGCCAUACAGAGGGAAUCAGAACUAUGCAGAACACGGAUGGAAGGAUACCAAGACCAAGACGCAGCUGGUGCUGGACACCAAGAAUGCACCAUCUAAGUGCUGGCUGGCUGCUGGACAGUACGUGA